AAACGUAAACAGUCAUUUUUAGUACGUAAAAGUACCUUUAAUCUCAAACCAUCCGUCCAAGAAUGUGUUUUCAUGUCUUCACCCUCUCGACUACCCAUAUCGUCCAACUUUUCUAUCACAGGUUGAUAGGUACAACAUUCGGCCAGUUUCGUUUCUUCGAUCCCCUUUUCAUUCAGUGGCGAGAGGCCGAUGGAUGGUCUCUCCGGUAGUACCAGUACGUAUGUGUAGAAGCGCGUACUCGAUAUACACGCCCUACAGUACGCACUGAUCGAUCUACUAGUUCUAUGUACAGUGGAUAGACGAGGCAUGGGAAUGGCUGGGCAACGGAGAGCACCGUGUUAUUACACAGCACAAUUCCAUGUUCAGUUUUCUUUCGUUGGGGUUUACCUUCUUUAAGAUGAGGUUAUCAUCCAAUGUCAUCAUUUCAUUAUGUGCAACACUGACUCACUUCACUGGCUUCGUGCAAGGAGAGGACACUUGUGAUAACGACUCAUGUCAGAAAGUUCAACCGUGCCGCGAGUUCAAUAUCAAAAAAAUUGGUCCCGACUCAAAGUCCAUAAUCUAUGGUGAAGCCCAUGGGCGACUGGGCAAUCAAUUACUGGGUUAUGCCCUUUUGGCGCAUUUCCAAGACGAACUGGGUAUGGAAGCGUAUAUCAAUGCCGAGUGUCGUCAGUAUUUGUUGGGCAUCUUCACCGAAGACUCAAUCACCGUGCCCGUGAUCGAUAGUGUGUAUUGUGAUCCCAAAAAGAUUCCGUUCACGCCCUACCAUUCGCAUAUCCGGGAAAUCUUGACGGACAAGUCGUAUCGGACCGGGAAGGUCCUCCAAUUUUUCCCUACUCAUCCGAAGUUUCCCUUCGGUUAUAGGCCAGAGGACCAUUGGUCCAAGGAGCAAGAAGCAAUGCAAACCAAGUACGUCCACUUCCUGAGGGAAACCUUGAAGUUCAAGCCGUCCAUCAUGACCAAGAUGAAAAAGACCAUGAAAGGUGUGGCCAAGAAACUGGGGCUCAAACCCAAAGAGGUGACCUACGUGGGCAUCCAUAAUCGACGCACGGACGGCCUCAAGUUCAUGAAGGAUAACUUUCAGCAAGAUCCUUUGGACGCAGACUAUUUUCAUGAUGCCAUGGAGUACUUCAGGGAGGAGUAUGAGAAUGUAGCCUUUCUGCUUGUUUCCGAUGACAUGAAAUGGAGCCGGGAGAACAUUGAGAACAGAGAAGGUGAUUUGUUUUUCGUGAGUGAUGGGAACGGAGACAACCCCGAGAGCGUGGGCUUUGAUCUGGCUAUCUUAAGAUACUCGAACCACACCAUCAUUACCAGAGGGACCUACUCCAUGUGGGGAUCCAUGUUGUGCAACGGAGAGUACUACACCGAAUAUGGGAGCAUCGUGCCCACACAUUUACAAGGAUAAUAACAUUGCUCAUGAAAUAAAUCUAAAGUGAUAAUACGCGUAAAUGAUGGAUUAAAUACUCGUAAUACA